UGGAACGUUGUGGAGGCCGCGCGGCGCGGCGGGAAUCUGGUGCCCAGCAAAGACAGGGAGGUUCUUCUGCCAUGGGCUCUCCAUCUACAAAUGCCAAGAUUCUGUAUCGGAAUUCCCGCCUGGUCCGUAUGGUAUUCCUGCAGCUCCAUCGCCAGCAGAGGGCUAACUUAUUCUGUGAUGUUGUCCUGCGGGCAGAAGGGGAGGCUGUUCCUGCCCACUGUUGUAUCCUGUCAGCCUGCAGCCCCUUCUUCACAGAGCGUUUGAAGCGUGAGAUGCCUCCCAAGGGUGGGCAUAAGGUUGUGCUUGAGCUCCGGGGGCUGAAGAUCGGGCCAUUGCGUAAGUUAGUGGAUUUCCUUUACACUUCUGAGAUGGAAGUGUCUCGAGAAGAAGCCCAGGAUGUACUUGCAACUGCCCGGCGGCUUCAAGUGUCAGAACUAGAAUCAUUACAGCUGGAGGGAGGAAAACUGGUAAAAAAAGCACUGGGCCGGCGUUUGAACCGAGAGUGCCUACAGCUCUCCAGUCCAAUAACCAUUCCAGAGGCAAGUCCGAUGCAGUCUCCUCCUGUCUCUGGUGGAAGCUCCCUGACAUCCCUCCUGCUUGCAAGAAAGCAGCAUACAGCAGAGCAGCUUCCAUGUACCAAAGGAAUAGGUAAUGGUAGCAAUAAAAUCCACAAAGAGACUGUCCAGGAAAAACCAGCAAUGUUGAAUGAAGACAAAUACCAGAUGCCUGAAGACCCAGCAGCUAUGACCGAGUUCCUAAAAUCAAAAGCUAAAAAACAUCUUGCAAGUACAGUUACAAAUAUACUGGGCAGUGGGGAAAGUGUCAGUCUGCGUACUGAGCAGGGCAGGCCCAGAGACGAGCAAGGAAUGGCUGGCUUGCAAGAGUCAAAAAAGAUCAAGAUCAGCCGUUCAAAACUCUCCUCACUGCAUUUGCCCAUGCCAUGCACCACUGAAGAUCAUGAUGUCAUUGUUUCCAGCAAAACCUCAAAGUCCAUUAAGCGCCUCUGGCGUAAGAAAAGUCCUCCUGUGAAGGAUGAAGCCAAAGGAACAGAAGCAGUUAGCCAUUUGCAUGGCUUCUUGAGUCCCCCACCACUUCCAAAGGCUACUAAGAUUAGAAAACGCAGCUCCAGUGAGCCAGCUCCCAGCUCAAAUCAUCCCCAAGAGGCUGGGCAGGUUGGCCGAGUGAAGCUGAGGAAGGUUAUCAAUGGCAGCUGCUGGGAGGUAGUGCAGGAGCCAUCUGCUGCACAGAGAGCAGCAGAUAGUGUGUGGGCUUUGACAAAGGAGGGCUCCCUGCCUCAAUGUAGGCAUCCUGAGCAAGAGGUAACAGCCAGACAACAGCAUGCUAGCUCUACUAAACUUCUGCCUGCAAAAGCAAAGAGUUCUAGGGGUGUUGUGAACUUGGUUGAAGGAGAUGGUGUUGGUGGGGACUCAAACCAGAUGUUUAUGCUAAACCAAAUGGCUAAGAGUGAACAGUGUGACAACCUGGCUUCUGCUGGGGAGCUGGAACACAUGCUGGAUUUUCUCCCGGUAGAUGAUGCUGUUUCUGUUGGGGAGUCACAAGGCACCACUGUUCCAGAGGGCAAGCCUGCCUCAGGCCCUGCACCAAAAGCAAAAACAAAGUCCCAAGCUCAAGUGUUGCUAAGGAGCCCGCUGCAGCAUGACUUGGAGUGUAAGCUACCUCCUCACUUAGCCAUCUUAGAAGAGGAUGAGAUAGAUGUUGGUGGGAUAGAGGAGUUCUUCCUUAAUACUGAGUGUGUUCGGCCAGAUCCCUCUCCAGUGUCUGAAAAUGAGGUGGAUGUUGUAAACUUGUGA